CGGCAUGCUGUGCGGGUAAACAGACAUGGCCGAGGAGGAAGACGCGCAGGACGGCGCUGGCGACAUGGGCAACCACCUGCCGCUGCUGCCUGCCGAGAGCGAGGACGAGGAUGAGAUGGAAGGGGAAGACCAGGACAGCAAAGAAGCCAAGAAACCAAACAUCAUCAACUUUGACACCAGUCUGCCGACAUCCCACACGUACCUGGGCGCGGACAUGGAGGAGUUCCACGGCCGGACGCUGCAUGACGACGACAGCUGCCAGGUGAUCCCGGUGCUGCCGCAGGUGGCCGUGAUCCUCCUCCCGGGCCAGAUGCUGCCACUGCAGCUCUCCCACCCGCCGGAGGUGAGCAUGGUGCGCCACCUGAUUCAGAAGGACCGCACCUUCGCCGUGCUCGCCUACAGUAAUGCGCAGGCAAGGGAAGCCCAGUUCGGAACAACAGCUGAGAUCUACGCCUACCGAGAAGAGCAGGACUUUGGGAUUGAGAGAGUGAAAGUGAAAGCCAUCGGCAGACAAAGGUUCAAGGUCCUGGAGCUCCGGACUCAGUCGGACGGAAUCCAGCAAGCUAAAGUGCAGAUUCUGCCCGAGUGUGUGCUGCCGUCAACCAUGUCCGCCGUGCAGUUAGAGUCCCUCAGCAGGUGCCAGGUGUCUCCUUCCAAGCCCGUCUCGUGGGAAGACCAGUGUUCAUACAAGUGGUGGCAGAAAUACCAGAAGAGAAGGUUCCACUGUGCCAAUCUGACCUCGUGGCCCCGCUGGCUGUACUCCCUGUACGACGCUGAAACGCUUAUGGACAGAAUCAAGAAACAGCUCCGUGAAUGGGACGACAACCUAAGGGAUGACUCCCUCCCUUCCAACCCCAUAGAUUUCUCUUACAGAGUAGCUGCAUGUCUUCCUAUUGACGAUGUUCUGAGAAUUCAGCUCCUGAAGAUUGGCAGUGCCAUCCAGCGACUUCGCUGUGAACUAGACAUCAUGAACAAAUGUACGUCACUUUGCUGUAAACAAUGUCAAGAAACAGAAAUAACGACCAAAAAUGAAAUAUUCAGCUUAUCCCUGUGUGGCCCGAUGGCAGCCUACGUGAACCCCCACGGAUACGUGCACGAGACGCUCACCGUGUACAAGGCCUGCAACUUGAAUCUGAUCGGCCGGCCUUCCACGGAGCACAGCUGGUUUCCUGGGUAUGCUUGGACUGUUGCUCAGUGCAAGAUCUGCGCAAGCCACAUUGGAUGGAAAUUUACAGCCACCAAGAAAGACAUGGCACCCCAGAAGUUUUGGGGUUUAACCCGAUCUGCUCUGCUGCCCACAAUCCCAGACACCGAAGAUGAACUAAGCCCAGACAGAGUGAUACUUUGCUUAUAAACAGAUAUGGGAGGGACAGAGUC